AUGCUGAGCAUUUCCACGGCCGAUAACCGCUUCAGCAUGGGAGCAUUUGUACAGAAUACGGAUAACCAAUUGUUCUUCAAUAGUGAUGCUUCGCCUUCGCAGGCUCCGGUUGCUAUCCAGAGCAUGGCUUGCUUUAUCCGGAAGGAUAUGCUCUUCUUCAGGCACCUGGGGCUUAAUGCCGGCUAUGUAUAUCAAGCAUCUACCGAGGAAAAUGUGAUCAGUGUACCCGAUCAUGUGCUCAACGGCUCCCUCUAUUACCAGGGGAACCUGUUUAAAAAAGCCCUGAACCUCCAGCGUGGGAGAUUAUCCUUACAUUGA